GUGGAACGGCGAAGCUAGUAGCAAUUCCUAGCAUAGCAGAGCUUUGGAUAGCAAUGUAACUACAUCGAUGUACAAAUUGAAUAUUUCAGCGUUUCUGGCUGUUAUGUUGUCAGUAUAACACUACACAUGGUUGUGAUUGGAUAGAGUAACGAAAUAUACACGUCCGUCAACCCGGCUUUAAGUGCAACAAACCAUUAUGGAUGCAGUUAACGCGUUCAACAUGGAGUUGUUCUCCAUGAUUGACAUGAAGCCUCCAAUAUCCCGUGCUAAAAUGAUGUCUGUAACAAAAUCAGCCAUCAAAGCUAUCAAGCUUUACAAACAUGUUGUCCAGAUUGUUGAAAAGUUCAUCAAGAAGUGCAAGCCAGAAUUAAAAGUCCCUGGUUUGUAUGUGGUUGAUUCCAUCGUUCGACAGUCACGCCAUCAGUUUGGUGUUGACAAGGAUGUAUUUGGACCCAGAUUCUUGAAGAACUUCACAGAUACCUUUCAAAAUCUUUACUGCUGCCCAGAGGACGAUAAGAGCAAAAUUGUCCGAGUCCUGAACCUGUGGCAGAAGAAUGGUGUGUUCGACAUGGAUAUCAUUCAGCCUCUGAUGGAUAUGGCUAAUGGAGCCAUUGUAGCUCCACCCGCACUUGAAGUUCCUGCUGAGCCCCAACCAGAGGUGCAGCCUCCCAUCACUAGUGCCUCCGCUGUGCCUGCUGUGUCCCAGCUACCCAGUGCCGAUGCCUUAGCUGCUGUGGCACAGCUUUUUCAGUCCCCCCAUGGUCAGGAGCUGCAAAGGAUGCUCCAGAACUUCCAGCAGGCAGAGAAAACCCUGGCAGCCACUAUUGCAAACAACUUACCAGACCCUCCCCAGAUGCCUGUGGCCCAGCUCAACCCGUAUAGUGCGCACACAGAAAAGAAAAGCUCUUUAGCUGAGAAACUCCUUGAUCGUUUUGACUAUGAUGAUGAACCUGAAGAUAUACCUCCUAAAGAACUGAAUACCCAGUCACAAUGCAUUCCUGAAAAUGUGUAUAACCAGUUUCCUGGACAGAUGCUCAACACAGAGAAUGCUCAUCCACAUAUGAUGGGACAUGGCGGUAUAGAGCACGGUGGAGGAAUGAGUCUUGGUGAACAUCAUAUGAUGCCAGAUGGAUACCAUUCCAUUAAUGAGGCUUUCUCACAACCACGGGGGAAUUCAAGAGAAGAUGCAAAUGUGAGGCGGGAGGGUAGACACAGAGGCUAUGGCAGGAGAUCAAGAUCCAGGUCUGGCUCCAGAUCUCCCAGGAGAAGAAGAUCAAGAUCUUCGUCCCGCUCAAGAAGGCCUAGACAUCGACGCUCUCAUUCUCGCUCCAGAGAACGGCGCUGGAGAUCUCGCUCUCGUUCUCAAGACAGGAGUGAAAGAGAGAAGGACAGAGAGCGCAGACAGAAAGGUCUUCCCAGCAUAAAGAGCCAGACACUCAGUGUUUGCAGCACUACACUUUGGGUUGGACAACUGGACAAGAAAACUCAGCAGUCCGACGUGAUGUCCCUUUUGGAAGAGUUUGGCCAGAUCGAGUCCAUCAAUAUGAUUCCUCCGAGGGGUUGUGCCUAUAUUGUUAUGGUUCACAGACAAGAUGCCUAUACAGCUUUGAACAAGCUCAGUAGGGGGUCAUACAAAGUUAAUCAGAAACCAGUUAAGAUUGCUUGGGCUUUGAACAAAGGCAUAAAAUCAGCGCACAAAAAGUUCUGGGAUGUGGAGCGGGGAGUUACCUACAUCCCCUGGAGCAAAGUCAAAGUUGAGGAGUUGGAGAGCUUUUGCGAAGGGGGUAUGCUGGACACAGAGACUCUAAAUCCAGAGUGGAAUCAUGCCAAGGACCUAAAUAAAAAGGCAGUCGUAAAUGGAGCAUUGGAAAGUGUACCAGCAGAUGGAACAGUCACUGCUCACAUUCAGGUGCCAGUAGUUCAACAGGCAGCGGCCAUCGGAAGUCCACCUGCUUUUCCUGGCCCCAUCAUGUUGUCCCCUACAGCCAUGCCUCCAGGAGGAGCUCCAUUCAUCCCCGCUGAGUUUGACCCAACAAAAUUGGCACCAGUUGGAAGUGUAAAUCCUCCAGAGGAGUCCACCAAGGAUUCUCAAAGAGACAAAGGCACACCCUCAGAUGCAGGCGGUGACAGCCAGCUGGGCUCUCCUUCAGCAUCGGUGAUGACCAUGCCAGGCCCAGCAGUCAUACAGGGACCCAGACCUGGUAUGCCACCUCUGCAGCCUCCUCCUGGCAUGCCAAAUCCUCAUCUGCCUCCUUUCCUCUCACCUUCAAAUAUGCCACACAUGCCCCCGCAAAUGAUGCCCGGAGGACCCAUGUUUCCACCUGACAGGUUCAGAAUGCCCAUGCCCUUCCCUCCUCAUGGCCCUCCUUUCCAUCGACAUCCCUCUAUGGGACCAGAGGACAUAGAUGACAGGGAAGGGAGGCAUUUCCGAAAUGGGAGGCCAGGGUUCGGGUGCCCACCUUUCCCCAGAGGAAGGUGGUAGAGGUUGGCCUGAACCUGCAGGGUGAUGAUACUGAACCACUGUGAUAGAUACUAAAACACAUCUGGUUCAUAUGCCUGGUUCUGGUUCUGGUACUGGUGUGAACACUUGGGGAUGCAGAAGCUUGUGUUCAGACUUUAUUUUACACCACCAGAUGUUCAAAUUAACAAUGAAAAACAAGACAGGGUUUUCUGAAUGUGGUCCAUUCUCCUUUGAGUUCAACAGAAAAGAGACUUUGCUGUAAAUACUUUAUGUGCUUGUAGCUGUUUACUAUCUUUUUUGUAUAUUUGAAGUUGUGUAGUUAAUGCUCAAGUCUGUAAUCUUGAUAGUGGGAGGUUUAAAAAAAAAGGCAGUCUGUAUUUUUGAUCUUAUUCCCUCACUCCUCCCUGGAGUUUUUGUGUAUGGAACAAGACUGUAAAAAUCUAUAAUUCAUACCUUUUUGGUAUUUUGUUUUUAGUAAAAUUCCUUUGUAUCACACUGAUAUUUACUUCUUCACCUGAGAAGCUGGAUUUCAUUUGAAGCAGAAGAGGGUUUCAUGUCCUGCCAGUAGAGGGUAGAGUAAUGCCUGUUACCAUGGCCAACCUCUGUUGUACAUUAAGAUCACACGUUAUAGGACCCUGUGCAGUGAAUAUUAAAAAGAGGGACAACCACUUUGAUUUGAUUUGAGGUGUUUUGUGUGGAUCAGACAUUUUUAACCUCUCUGUAAGAAAACAGAAUGGAGUUUAUAAAUUGUUCUGCUUGAGAGGUUAUUGUCAGUUUUAUAAUAUCACUCAGCAUAAAGAGUUUUCAGGCAGCUUCUGUGGAACAUAGAGUUCUUCAGAAUUAGUAAAAUCUGUAAAUUUCCUGUCUCAUAUUAAACAUGCCCAUGAUUUCCCAGGUUUUAUUUAUGGGAUG